UCUUUAAUAAAUAGAUUUUCAACAAACUGGGUAAUUUUAAAGCAAACACGGUAAUGUUAAGGAUGUAUUUAGGGUAAAGUUAGCAACUCGAUCUGGCAGCACUGAUCCCAGUACUCCUCAGUCUUGCGUGACGGUAGGAGGUGUGUGAGGUGGCAGCUACUGCCACAUUAAAGGCCCACUGUUGAUUUGGCACUGGAUUUUAAGAGUGUUUUUACGAUUCUAGUGACAUUAGCAAGAUUUAUACACUCAAACGACUCGGAUUGAAGUGACUCGUACGGGAUAUCACGAGUGUUUUUAAGGUUCUGGUGACAAACAAGACUGCGUUGAUGUUUCCACUUCUCUAAUUCAUCUUAUUCCUGGACUAAGCUACGAAAUUGAUCCACAGAAGCAGAACUACGUUAACAAAGCACUGCAACACUACCGAAUCAUCAGACAAAUGGAAGACAUACUGUAUUGGCCGGAGUUCAUCAUUGGGUAGAUGGCAAUGGGAUACAGCGUGGCACCAAUGAAGCCAACCAGAGCACCCACGAAAAGGUUGUACCGCCACCCUCGAAGAAUAGUCAUGAUCUGUAGAGAAAAGGACCAGUGUUACCAAGUUUUCUUUAUGAGAUGACGAAAAUUUUGCUGCCAAGACCGAAAUAGCCCAAGUGUGCUGCACUGCUUCCAUCACCGUGUUCCUAAGCUGUAUCCUGCCUUAGCCUGAACAUGGUGGCGGCCGUCGGAGCGUGAGUCGGGGCCCUGGGGAGAUGACAAAGAUCAUUGUGAUGACUUCCUUGGCUGGAGCGCAUACCACCACCAUCACCACCACCUGAAGGGACUGCUGCCUAUCCACAACAGGGCUUUAGAGGCUCGUGGGGGGCGCUUCAUUCCCCUGGGACCGGAUUACUCUUCCAUUGCUGUUCCCUGUGGGCGACUCUCCUGCAGGAACUAUGGGGAGGCGAUGUCCUGCCCUUCACACGGUGCUGCUUCUUGCGUCCGCCUUAGCGAGUGAGGGUCUUCGUCUGCGAGAGUCCGUCAUUCCGCCUUAUAAACUCCGCGGGGAGACGGUGGAGCUGCGAUGUGACUACGAGCCCGGCAACUCUUCCAUCUACUCGGUUAAGUGGUUCAAGGAUGACGAGGAGUUCUACCGCUACGUUCCCCGAGACACGCCGCCAUACCACAUCUUCCCGAGAGGAGGCGUGACCCUGGACGAGGAGAACUCGCAACCGGGGCGUCUGGUUCUGAAGCAGGUUGGGUUCAAUACUUCUGGGCAGUACAGGUGUGAGGUGUCGGCGGAGGGUCCCGACUUCAAUACGGUGACUGGGCGAGGGAGUCUCCUAGUAAUUGAACCGCCCACCUCUGGUCCUGUCAUCACUGGAGGCAAGUCGAGAUACCACGUGAAUGACACCGUGGACCUCGUGUGCACAUCCAGCCCAUCCCGCCCUCCAACCCACUUGUCCUGGCGCAUCAACGGCAGGCCGGCGCCGCAGAAUAUAAUCUCGAGAGAGAGGCCCUACAUGUCCAAGGAUGGCCUCCUGACACAGAUCUCUCGGUUGGUUUUCGUGGCGCGCCCUUACCAUUUCCAAAGAGGCGUGCUGAGGGUGAAGUGUGUGGCGGAGAUCGGCGCGGAGAGACUGACGCACCACACCACCAUUCCGGAGACCUUCAGGGCUUGGGAAAGGUCCUUCCAGGCCAGCGCGGGCACCAGAAUCGUGUCCUGCCCUGACCCUGUGUUCCUCCUCGUGACAUUUUGUCUCUUCCUCCUCCCUGUCUCCACUACUUCCACCUCCACCAUGAGAUGAGGUUCAACCGCCCACUGAGACUGUUUCCCACCACCCACGCCCACGCCCACACCCGCCCCUAAGUCCGUGCCUCCCAUCAGGGCCCGGUCGUCUUCACAGCAUUGCCCGCUGACACCCUCCUCUUGUAUAGAAAACUUCGCACGCAACAAAACACGAACGAAAGGUGUUUCAUUUCAGGCUUCAAAGUAUUUAUGCGUUGAUGCCUUCCUCGCUCCUCCCUCAUCCGUGAAAGAGAAAGAAAUCACCGCCAGCAUGUGCCGAAGAGCUUUCAUUCCGCCUCUACUGUGAGUGAGUCGUACGCAGUCAGUGUGCAGAUGUACGUGUAGUGGAGGACAUUCCGAGUGUGCUGUUUGUAAGUCAGGUGUGCUUUAAGAAAAGAAAAAAAAAACGUUCUCGUCGGGUGUAUAAGCUAUGGUGCGCGUAUGUGCUUGAAAAGAGAACCAAGGAUCCUACGUUUGUGGUGACGCCAUUGUUUUGUGAUCUAUUAGGCAACAUCCUCCACAAAAAGGUAAUUCAACAAAAAUAAAAUAUUUUUCCCUUCAUUUAUUUUGAUGCUGCUCUUCACAUUCCAGUUUUAACUUUGAUCCUCGGUGUUUUCCAGUGAGGGUGCAGCUUUCUCCUGAAAUUCUACACUGAAAAUAACUCAUAUACAAUAAUUGCUCAAAUGACCAUGAAAAAGAUACCCACAUGUGCAUAGCAGUGUGCAGUGUUGCCAUCAAAGAGAAUGAAAGUGCUGCGUCGUAUUGUGAGAGUAAUGUGGAAAAAUUAUUCAAUAUCCUUCAAUAUGGUAGUGUGGUGAGUUCUUAGUGGUGACUCUAUGGUGGUCCUGUGUCUGGCUGUUGGUUCUGCUUCAGGAAAAAAAAAAAAGGUGCAGUGAACACGUAACCGAGGCAAUAAUGGGAAUGCGUCUGUCGCUCGUGUGUCUAGAUGUUUAUGCUGCACACCUGUGAUUACUUAAUGACCGAAGAAGUUGCUGAGAAUAGCAAAGUUUUCAGUAUACAUUCCAGUGGGUGUCCGUCACGGGUGUCUAAGACUCUGUUUCACCCUUGUGAUGAUGGAUGAUUGCUGAUAGAUAAGAAAAAGAUAGACAAAUAAAUACAUGUAAAAAGACUGCUUAAUGCUGCUUCGUGAUAUUGGUAAAUGUGCCAUAGUGUGAUAAUGGUUCUACUUAACUUAUUAAGGACAGUGCGUACACAGUGAUACUGACUAGUGACUGACAGAUGUAAGAAACCGGCUCAUUUAGGUAACCAGCAGGUGUGAGAAAGAAAUACGUAAGUUGAUAUCAUGACAAGUUACAAUGAAGAGUAAACGUUAGGAAGAAAGUCUGCCUGAGCCAUGGUAGUGUACGAUACUGUGACAUGAGUACGGUAAUGUUUUACGAUACUUAAUGUAUGCCGUGCUUUCUUUCCGCCUAUCCUCCUUCGUCUCUCCUAUCAAUUCCUCUGGUUUACUGCUGCUGUAGUACACCCACUAUCACAUGAAAGGAAGCAUUUUGAAAAGGCGAAUAAGAGGAAAAAAAUGGUAUGGUCCAGUGAAGGAAUACUUGAUGUAACUCUUCCUUUCAAAAAAUAGAAAAUAAAUAAAAAAGAAAUACAUACAGGAUAUUGAAAAGCUUAAAGAUUAAAAAGAAUAUCCAUAGGUUUUGAAAUAGCUGGUAUCGCAGACAGUAGUAACCCAGUGCCAAUACUUCUACGCUGACGACUGCAGUGCCCAAUAUAUCUAUCUAAAUCUACUUAUAUCUGUCCAUCUAAAGGCUUCAAUAUAUGAGUGCUGUCUGAAGGGUGCUAUCUCACACCUCAGGAAGAGCUCAAGUAGUUACUAGAGGAAUAUUACUUAGGAUUGUUCAUCUAACCAUCCGGAUCCCACUGUUUGCAACGAUUUUUCUUUUUUUUUUUUCUUUUUUCUUAUCUACAAUUUAGAUUUACAGAGGAGUACAAAAUUUCAAGUCAAAGGACUUUUUUAUUGGCUAGAUAGACCAGAGAUAUUUACGUAAGUAAAGUCAAAAGGAGAAGCGAGAUAAAACAGCAGCCUGAAUGGUAUUUAAACAAGUUUGCCAAAGCAUCCACGGCGCUACAGCGAAAUUUGAUUUAUAGUUAGUUAACUUUUACAUCAAAAGUUAUAUCAUUCAAUCGUUUCCGAUACAAUACUCCUUCUCCAGGUUCAAGGAAAUUCUAAAUACAACAACGCCCACCAACACUCCGCACCGAACUCUUCAGAUCAAGCGGCAGUUGUUUCCAAUGUAAUGCAUCGGUUAAAUUGUAAAAAAAAAAAAAAAAAGUCGUAAAAUAGAAACCUGUGCAUCCACUCCAAAAAUAGAAUAAUUAGAUACCACAACAACGCUGUACUCUUAGGUGAAAAUAACUAUACCAUUGAUUUUUACAUCCAAGAUAAUGAAUGCUCCAUCACAAUACCACAAAAUUUUAUAAAGGAUCUUUAAUCGAUGAUACUAAUUCUAGCAUACGCGACUUGCUACGUGUGUGUAGAGAAGCUAACCUAACCACAUCACGAAACUGCAACACGCUAUUGACUACACGUCAUUGUCGUCUCCUACCCACCUGCCUUGCACCGAUACGAAAAAACACCACGGGAACUCAGUGAUUUACCUCACAGCUCGUCCUUUACUACGUUGUUUUAGACUUGUCUCCUCCCUACCUUCGCUGCGUCCUGUUCUUUUCUUAUCUUUUCUUUUUUUCUAAGGAAGUGAUUUGUCAAUAUAUUGAGCUGUCCUUGAUGCGCUGUGUAAAUAAUGGCCAGGCAUCGUUGGUAAUAAAGAGUACACGUGUUUAAUUACGUUAUGAGCAUCAAAAUCAAUGCUCUCCUAGAAGGCUAUUGAAGAUGGUUGAAAAAUGGCUAUUAUGCAGAAUUCCUCAAUACUCCUUGGAAUUUAGGGAGGUGAGGGGCGGUGAGGGAAUUUGAGGAGUAAGGAGGAAUGUGGGGACAGAGGAUCUUCAAGUGGAGAUGGGGUGCGGGGAAAGGGGGUGGACUCCAGUCAUGAUAACAGGUGUGUGCAGAGUUCGCCGUGCCAGGUAACAAAGGUACUCCCGCUAACAAGGACUGGAGGAAGGUGUCAACAAAGCCCUCCACGCCAAUAGACAUCUCGGCUGAAAGGAGUUUCGCUCACUUAUUUAAUAGUCGAAUAUGAAUUUUUUUUUUAAUUGUGUGUGUGUGUGUGUGUGUGUGUGUGUGUGUGUGUGUGUUUAUAUCGUUAACUCAGUUUCAUAUUUAAUUGAACUCCGAUAAUUGUAUUUUUUUGUCUAUUUCUCUAUUCAUCCAUUCAUUCAUUCAUUCAUUUUUCAACCAAUUUAUGUCAGUCAACUUCGUCAGUCAACAGUCAUUCCAUUAAUCUUAAAAAAAAAAAAUUGGGACAUUUUACUAAUGCAUUAUCUUCCACCUAUCGAUCCAUCUAUAGUAUUCACUCAACGCCCUUGUCAGUCACCAGUUGCUCCAUCCUUUUUUUUUACUUUUUCUCAGUAUUCUCGUCAGUCAAGAGUCGUGCCAUUCUUUCCCCACCCUCCACACUUUUUUUUUUCCCUCCACUCUAUCCCUUCAAGAACAUGAGCGACAGAAACACAACGCUGGAAAAGAGCACGUCGCCACCAGUCGGGCUCUGAGUCACUCCCAAAAACAAAGCCUCAGUGGUUCUGUCAGGUAUUCGAACUGUACAGUGUUGCCCAGGUGAGAGAGAGAGAGAGAGAGAGAGAGAGGUGUGCGCGUGUGUGUGUGUGUGUGUGUGUGUGUUUGUGUAGUGACCGUAUCGAAAGGUGGCGCAUGAUGUUCAUUCGCGAAUCAUUAUUUUGGGUGAGCGGGUCUUAAUUAUGAUGACCACUAAUACAGGUAAAGGGGAGCGCCAUUGUUACCUGCUAAUUAAGAAAGAUAAGCACUCAGGAAGGGAGGAGGAAGCAGGCCCAAUAACAUCCUACAUAAUUGUCGCAAAUUGGUAUCGAGCUGCGGCUAUUAGCGCAGCAAUCACUGGGAGGCGUAAUAAGCAAUACAUCAUUAUAGAGCAAUAGAUUGUUUUUAACAGGUAAAUAUGUGUGUUCAUUUGUGUACAGUGUCGUGAGUCGUGGCGUCGUGGCGAACCAUUACUUCUAAUUAAUAAAGGGUACUCACCGCUACUUACAAGCCAUCCACUAAGUACAUUUCACUUGAUAUAGUCUUCAUUCAUUAUUUACCCUCUUGUCGUCCCGCGCAGUCAAGGGAGGGAGGGAAAUUCUGUCUGGUUUGAGCAAGUUGGUUGAUGGGUGUUUGCAGUCGGCGGGAAAGAAUGAAAUCAGGGAGGAAAAAGACACGUGUUAACUUGACUUAACUUUGGCCAGUUGGGGAACAGCUUUAGCACCUCACUGGAAACUGCCUUCCAAACCCCGCUGGGACGAGGAAGAAGAGCUAGACUGGAAAAGAAACAGAGAAGGAAGAAUGAAAGGAAUCAGAGGAGGAGCAAGAAGAAGCGAAAAGAAAAGAGGAAACGUACGUGCAGGAAAAGAAGAGAAAAAAGAGAAGGAGGUGAAAUGCGGGGAAAGAAAGAGGGAAAAUGGAGAAAGACAUGAAAAGGAAGGAAGAGAAGAAAGAAAACGAAAGAUAGAGUAAGAUGAAGCAUGGGAAGGAAAGGAGGAAGAAAACGGAAAAGAAGCAUAGAAAAAGGAGGAAGCGAAAUAAAAGAAAUAAUAAAUAGAUAAAUAGAAUAACUAGACGAAAAGAAGAGUAAGGCAAAGAAUCAGAGAAAAGUUGAAAAAACAAAUAGUGUCUAACGUUCCCACCAAAAAGUUUCAAGUGCAGGCUUUUUAUUUCUACGAUUUCUUAUUGACUGGGUGUCGCAUGUUUUGUUAGCGGGUUCGUAGCGUCACACAGUUGUUGGAACCUUCUUCCGGGCGGCCUGAAGGUCUUGAGGCUGCGAGGAGGAUGCUGGGUAUAUUAUUACGAUCUGAGAGUGCUGUGUGAGCCAUUUUUGUCUGACUAUACUAACUUGCUUACCUAGACAAAAUCUCUCUCUCUCUCUCUCUCUCUCUCUCUCUCUCUCUCUCUCUCUCUCUCUCUCUCUCUCUCUCUCUCUCUCUCUCUCUGGUUUAAAUAAGCAACAGAAUGACCACCUGUUGAUUGACUUGAUUCAUUGCUUAGCCAGAAUGUGUAGGCAGGUGUCACGUGUUAUCUUAUCCUUAUGUUAUCUUUCUUAUUCAUCUUUAGUAUGCAGUGGAGCGAAUGACCUUAUCUACACAUUGCUCCACGGUAAAGGAAUACUCGGACAGACAUAGAAACACACACACACACACACACACACACACACACACACACACACACACACACACACACACACACACACACACACACACACACACACAGACCAUCAUUGUCAUUAUCAUCAUUAUCCUCACCACCACUAUCACAACAUAUUCCUGUUAUUCUAUUGGUGUUUGUGAGUCUCCAAUCAACGCUGUGAUCAUUCCAAGCAUAUCAGCCACAUGACAGAUACAAGCCCAGUCAGCGAUUGCCAGCAGAUGUCUCUAGGUAGAGUCUCUGUCCCCACCAUAACUUCCCUCAGCCUGUAUGUUUGCUCUCACCUCCACUGACCUCUGACUUCUUUCGCCGUGAGGGUCACUCAUCUCAGUACUCAUCAUUUAUUCGUAUAAUGUAUCGUCCAGGUGUUUCUCUGUCAUAAGUUUGUCUCAGUGAUCUCAUUGGUCUCAGUUUUCAUCUCCGUCAGUAUGUUCUCUUGACACCGACCAGUUAUUUCCUCUAUAAAAGACAUAUUAGUAUUCUUGAGUCAGUUGAGCAAAAUUUGAAUUUGGUGAUGUUUUGUAAAUUACUGAUGGCUUGCCUUUUCAUAAUAUAGGUUUGUUUUAGAUAUACGAAAUUGUUACAUACAUUUUUCCUCUAUACGAAGUUUCUGUCUCUAUCUCUCCCUGCUUCGGUGUGAACGACGUAACGCCAGAAUGUGUUGGCCGACAGUCAUUCUUUGUAUAUACUAAUGUCCGUUGAACGCAGAUUUGUGCAUUACUGUCUGUAAAUUCCUGUAUCAUAUCGCCGAUGCGUAUUGUGCCAAAUGUCCUAAGUAUGGUGUAGGUAGAAUAGCGAGGCUCACCUUGGAGGCCACACCACUCGGCCUCCUAAUCUCAGCUAAACUCUUCCUGCUGCUGCUGCUAAUACUACUGCUUUUGCUCCUGCUCCUGCUGAAAACAGUGUUAUGGCGACAGUCCGGCUCAACAUUUCUCUGCAUCUCACCACAUCAGUCACCGCGCCACUUAGUAACGGUCCACUCUUCGACUUUGGUUACAUUAAUGAUAAACCAAUUACUCUGUUGCAUAUGCUGCCUCCAUUACACCGCCUCCACCUCAGGGCCUCUGGUGCUCUCUCCGCCCUGCUUCUCACAUCAACUGUUUCUACUUCCCUGGCUGCCACUCCGCAUCACCAGUACAUCAUCCAUACCACAUCAUAGCACUCACUCUCCACCUCUAUACUUUUCGUAGUUCCUUGAUGCACUACUGCAACACAAUUCACACACCUGACACCACUAUUACAUUCACACCUCACGUCACCCUACCACAGCAUCACACAACGGACACAACUUUACCAUACCACUUCACACAACACCAGCAUCACACCAUCAUGUCACAGUAUAACGCCACUCACAUUCACCAUCACACCACUGCCAUUGUCAUUUCGUACCAUCACAGACACACCAUUCACACCAGCAACAUUCCACUGACUGACACCACGUAUUACCAGCGUCUCCCACGCAUUCUUCCUCGCAACACUAACACACCGCAACACCACAUCGUGCUGCCACAUAACUCUCACUGGAAAACUAAUUUACUGCUCAACUUUUUCUCCUCGAAUGGUUCAGCGAGAAAAAAUUCGAACAAUUGAAAAGAAAAUUUCUGUCGUAAAAUACGCAAAACGACACCACUAAAUAUCUGCAUUUCUACAGAUUGCCAGUUGUCAAUACCUAUAACACGAAAACUUUGUGUCAUCUACGCAUCUACAUCGUUGUCAUCAUCAUCAUCAUCAUCAUCAUCAUCAUCAUCAUUACCAUCACCACCACCACCAUCACCACCAUCAUAAUUCAGAGCAUGUCAAGUCAGCAGGCAGUGAGCAGCGGCCACGAGGCGAGUGAGCAGCAGCAGGCAGACCCACUCAUGUUUUGUCGUCCGCUGAUCAGAAACUCUUGUAAAGCACCUGCCCGGCUACAUCGCUCACCUGUCUUCACCUGGUUCACUUACUGUUAAUAUUCUUCAUAAUAAAUGCU